UAGCACUGGACGUUUGCUUCUUUUUUGUAAAAUGAACGAUCUUGAAAAUUUAAAUAAGUUCGGAUCUAACGAAGAUAACCAAAUCGAGUUUAGUGGGGAAGACGAAAUUGGAUCUAAUGAAGACGAUGAGGUUGAAUCUAUUGAUGACAAUAAAACUGAGUCCAAUAAAGAAAAUGAAGAAAAAUUUGAAACCAAAACUUGUGAAAUGCUUGGACAAAUUUACCCUACCAAAAAAGAUAUUUUAAAUGCUGUUCAGGAAAUAGCUCGGCAUUCUGGGUUUGCUGUAACUAUCAAGAGUAGUAGCCAACGUCACUUUCACCUCCAAUGCAAAUGCGACUCUAAAUGGCAAAUUGUCAAAGUAAUAAAUAAGCAUAAUCAUCCCAAGGUUAAAGAUGCAAGAGUAUUUCAUGAGCAUUGUCGGUUAAUACAAGAAGCCAAACGUAUAGCUGUACAAAUGUUAAAUGUUGGAGCAAAGCCUAGUACAAUUUAUGAAGCCAUCAGAGAUGAAAAUAGGGAACCAACUGCAACUAGACAAGAUAUAUUAAAUUUGAGUUCACGAAUUCAUAUUUCAGAGGAAAAUGUCUCAAUAGAGGUGCUAAUAGUAGGUAUGGAAAAAAGGGGAUAUAGUAUUCAUCGUGAAAAUCAUGAAG